GUCACCGCGCGCGGCGGCAGGGCCCUCCUUUUCCGGCCUCGCGGGCUCCUGCCUGAGCACGGAGCGCGCUGCCACCGCCGCCGCCCUGUGAGGAGAGCCGAGGCCGCCGCCAUCAUGCCGGUGUACUUCCAGCGGCCCGAGAAUGCCCUGAAGCGGGCGAACGAAUUCCUUGAGGUCGGCAAAAAGCAGCCUGCCCUUGAUGUUCUCUAUGAUGUUAUGAAAAGUAAGAAACACCGAACAUGGCAGAAAAUCCACGAGCCGAUUAUGCUGAAGUACCUGGAACUCUGCGUGGAUCUCCGCAAGAGUCAUCUGGCAAAAGAAGGAUUGUACCAGUACAAGAAUAUUUGCCAGCAGGUGAACAUCAAAUCUUUAGAGGAUGUUGUUCGAGCCUAUUUAAAGUUAGCUGAAGAAAAAACAGAAGCAGCUAAGGAAGAAUCCCAGCAGAUGGUGCUGGACAUAGAAGACUUAGAUAAUAUUCAAACUCCAGAAAGUGUUCUUCUGAGUGCUGUAAGUGGAGAAGACACACAGGAUCGUACUGACCGCCUGCUUUUGACACCAUGGGUUAAAUUCCUCUGGGAAUCCUAUAGGCAGUGUUUGGAUCUUCUCCGUAAUAAUUCUAGAGUGGAACGCCUGUACCAUGAUAUCGCACAGCAAGCUUUCAAGUUCUGCCUGCAGUACACACGCAAAGCGGAGUUCCGUAAACUCUGUGAUAACCUGCGAAUGCAUCUGGGGCAGAUCCAGCGUCAUCAUAACCAAAGCACAGCAAUCAACCUCAACAAUCCUGACAGCCAGUCAAUGCACCUGGAGACCAGGCUCGUGCAGCUUGACAGUGCUAUUAGCAUGGAGCUGUGGCAGGAAGCUUUCAAAGCAGUGGAGGAUAUUCAUGGGCUUUUUGCGCUGUCUAAGAAACCACCCAAACCACAGCUGAUGGCAAAUUACUAUCACAAAGUUUCGACUGUCUUCUGGAAAUCAGGAAAUGCUCUUUUUCAUGCAUCUACACUUCACCGACUUUAUCACUUAUCGAGAGAAAUGCGAAAGAAUCUGACGCAAGAGGAGAUGCAGAGGAUGUCUACUCGAGUCCUUUUGGCCACGCUCUCAAUUCCUAUUACUCCUGAGAGAACUGAUAUCGCUCGCCUCCUGGAUAUGGAUGGCAUCAUUGUGGAAAAACAGCGACGUCUGGCAACUCUGUUGGGUCUGCAGGCCCCUCCUACCCGUGGUAGUCUAAUUAAUGACAUGGUGAGGUUCAACGUAGUACAGUAUGUUGUUCCAGAAGUGAAAGAACUCUACAACUGGCUUGAAGUUGACUUCCACCCACUCAAGUUAUGUAGCCGUGUCAGCAAGGUACUGAACUGGGUGAAAGACCAAGCUGAGAAGGAACCGGAACUGCAGCUGUAUGUUCCUCACCUGCAAAACAAUACCAUUCUUCGCCUUUUGCAGCAGGUGGCCCAGAUCUAUCAAAGCAUUGAAUUUUCUCGCCUGGCUACCCUGGUUCCUUUUGUUGAUGCUUUCCAGCUGGAACGGAGCAUUGUGGAUGCAGCCAGACAUUGUGACUUACAAGUUCGCCUUGACCACACCACCCGAACACUGAGUUUUGGCUCAGAUUUGAACUAUAGUACUAGAGAAGAUGCUCCUCUGGGCCCUCAGCUACAAAGCAUGCCUUCUGAGCAAAUCAGAAAUCAGUUGACUGCUAUGUCCUCGGCUCUGGCCAAAGCUCUUGCAGUCAUUAAGCCCCCUCACUUACUGCAAGAGAAGGAAGAACAGCAUCAGCUAGCAGUCACUGCCUUCUUAAAGAAUUCGAGGAAGGAACAUCAGCGUAUUCUUGCACGCCGUCAAACUAUAGAAGAAAGAAAAGAGCGCCUUGAAAGUCUGAACAUUCAGCGUGAAAAAGAGGAACUGGAGCAGCGUGAAGCAGAGCUCCAGAAAGUCCGUAAAGCUGAGGAAGAGAGGCUGCGCCAGGAGGCAAAGGAAAGAGAAAAGGAACGUAUCCUGCAGGAGCAUGAACAGAUCAAGAAGAAGACUGUUCGUGAGCGCCUGGAGCAGAUUAAGAAGACUGAACUGGGAGCCAAAGCAUUUAAAGACAUUGAUAUCGAGGAUCUUGAAGAAUUGGAUCCGGACUUCAUCAUGGCUAAACAAGUGGAACAGCUGGAGAAAGAGAAGAAGGAACUUCAGGAACGACUGAAGAAUCAGGAGAAAAAGAUCGACUAUUUUGAACGAGCAAAGCGCUUAGAAGAAAUUCCUUUAAUAAAAACUGCCUACGAGGAGCAAAGAGUGCGUGAUAUGGAGCUGUGGGAGCAGCAGGAGGAGGAGAGGAUCACUACUUUGCAGCUGGAGCGUGAGAAAGCCCUUGAGCAUAAGAACAGGCUCUCGAGGAUGUUGGAGGACAGAGAUUUAUUUGAAGCCAGACUCAAAGCAUUGCGGCGGACGGUUUAUGAGGAUAAACUCAAGCAGUUCCAGGAAAGGUUAGCAGAAGAGAGGCGCAACCGUUUGGAGGAACGCAAGAAGCAACGCAAAGAAGAAAGACGCAUUACUUAUUACAGAGAGAAGGAGGAGGAGGAGCAAAGGUUACGAGAAGAACAACUGCUUAAAGAGCGUGAGGAGAAGGAGCGCAUCGAGCGUGAGAAACGUGAGCAGGAGCAGCGGGAAUACCAGGAGCGUGUCAAGAAGCUGGAAGAGCUAGAGAAGAAGAAACGUCAAAGAGAAAUGGAGAUAGAAGAAAGAGAGCGUCGUAGAGAAGAAGAACGGAGAGGUCUGGAUGAUCCAUUUUCAAGAAAGGAGUCUCGUUGGGGUGACAGAGGAGAGUCUGAAAGCUCCUGGAGAAGAGGUGGUGAGACGGAAUCUGAAUGGCGACGAGCACCAGUGGAAAGAGACUGGCGUCGAGGAGAAGCAAGAGAUGAUGAAAGACCUUUCCGGCGAGGAGAUGAUCUGCCCCGACGAAGUGACGAUCUGCCUCGGCGAGGGGAUGAUCUGCCUCGGCGAGGUCCUGCAGAAGAAAAGGAUCGGCCUUCUGCGGAAUCAAGUGAGGACAGGCCGCCUCGGCGCGAAGGGGAUGAAGACAGACCGCCUCGGCGUGAGGGAGACGAGGACAGGCCACUCAGACGUGGUUUGGAUGAGGACAGACCUCCCAGACGUGGCUUGGAUGAUGAUAGAGGGAGCUGGCGGGCUGCAGAUGACGACAGGGGUCCCAGGCGUGGAAUGGAUGAUGACAGGCCUCCCAGACGUGUGUUGGAUGAUGACAGACCUCCCAGACGUGUGUUGGAUGAUGACAGACCUCCCAGGCGUACGUUGGAUGAUGACAGACCACCGAGACGUGGCUUGGAUGACGACAGAGGCAGUUGGCGAGCAGCAGACGACGACAGAGGACCCAGGCGUGGGCUGGAUGAUGACAGGCCACCCAGGCGGGCUUUAGAUGAUGACAGGCCACCCAGGCGUGGGCUGGAUGAUGACAGGGGCAGUUGGCGUGCUGCAGAUGACGACAGGGGUCCCAGACGUGGGCUGGAUGACGACAGGGGUCCCAGGCGAGGUCUGGAUGAUGACAGGGGACCAUGGCGUAACGCAGAUGAUGACAGGCUCUCCAGACGAGAUGACGACAGGGGGCCGUGGCGUAGCAGUGAAGAUUCAAGACCAGGUCCUUGGAGACCAUUUGGUAAACCAGGGGGAUGGAGAGAGCGUGAGAAGGCUCGUGAGGACAGCUGGGGGCCUCCCCGAGACUCCAGGCCUCCUGGAGACCGUGAGUGGGAUAGAGACAAAGAUCGGGACGAGAGUGAGAAAGACCGGGAAUAUGACAGAGAAAGGGAUUUUGAUCGAGAUGAUCGUUUCAGACGUCCCAGGGAUGAUGCUGGUUGGAGAAGGGGACCAGCUGAGGAAACAUCUAGCUGGAGGGAUUCAAGUCGUCGUGAGGAAUGGGACAGAGGUGGCCGUGACAUGAGAGAUCGCCGUGCUGAUGACAGAGAACCACCGCUCAGAAGAGGCCCUCCCCUCAGAUCUGAGCGUGAAGAACCAAGCUCGUGGCGGCGUGCUGACGACAGGAGAGAAGAACGCGGGGAAGAACGUGAAACAGUUCGGCGGUCAGCUCCUGCCCCUGCUGCUCCUCCAGCUUCUGCUCCCCCGUCAGCAUCGAAAGAUCGAGAGAGAGAUGGGGAGAAGGAGAAGGGAUCCUGGAAAACAGAAAAGGAGCGUGAGCCCGUUCGUCGUACUAAAAAUGAGACAGAUGAAGAGGGGUGGACCACUGUACGACGCUAAGCGAAUAUCAAAACAGUUUAACCAAUGUUUUAGCUCUGAUUUGAUCGAAUCCACAGAUUAUAUUUGUGCUUAUAAACAUUCUGAAUGGGAAUUCUUUAACAAAUGUUUUGAGAUAACACGAAAGCAUGAGCUUGAAUUACUUACUCAUAUAGAUUGAUCAUGCACAAAACUCACAGCAGAAGGUUGGAAAUUGAAUGCCGGUUUUUGAAAUCUCAAAUGAUGCUUACUUCAUGGGUCAUUUGUUGCUACAAUAAAAAGAAGCAGGCUGCCUUGAGUAAUGCCUCUGUUUCACACCAAAACAAGCUGACCUUUAUAUUUUUAGUCUGUCUUAAUUUGGAAUGGGAUAUUAUCACUGAAUGUGCAUUUGAAAGCACCUCAAUUCACACAGUGGAAUUAGGGGAAAAGCAGAGCUGGAUCAAUUUCCAUAAUUUGCCAAAAAAAGGAAAAAAAUAUAUAUAACCCCCUCCCCCCCCUCUUUUUACAAUCUUUGAGGGCAGGCAGUUUGGGAGACAUUUUAUCAUCUAAAUUCAGAAAGUUGUUUAAAUUUGAAUUAAACACAACAAACGUUAUGAGCAUUAGCUGCACUGGGAUCUUUUCUGUAGAUUUACUUGAAUACAUGAAGCCUACGAAGCCAUGUUGCAGUCAUUUUUCCAGUAAUGUAUACUGCUGCAGCGUGCAGACACAAAACUCCAAGCUUUUACAAUUUAAGUGUUUUGGUAAGCAUAUUGCUAUGUAUUUUCUGUUGCGAUAGCACAACUGCUUUUCCAUUACUGGAUAAUUCAUGCCUUUCAAGGAUUUAUAAAUAUUGUCAUAUUUAAAAUGUGUGGUUUUGGAGAAGUUGUUGAAUUUUUCCCCAAUUCUUUGUCUUCAGGGUAAAUUCUUUCCCUUUCCAAAAGAAGUGAUUUGUAGUAAUGGCUGUGUUGACGUUGAUUUUGAGAUGAAGAAGAAAAUUAACUAUCUGGUCAUACUGAAGCCAACACAGAACUUGCUGCUGUGUGUUUCUUCAAUGAUAAAUAAACGACUUAUGGAAUUAG